AUGGACGCGCAUGUCGUACUUAUCGAUGCACGCGUUCGACAAAAUUACGAAGAACACUGCACUGGACUCCCCGGUCGGAACAUGAACCAGGGGGAUUGGUGGAAUCGUGGGGGGAAGGGUGAAAAACCAUACACAUUAAAUGGAUGGAUGGACGUGAACGAAAGAGAGCGACAGAGAUUGGGAAGAAAGCCUUGGUUUUGGGAAUAUGAGUAUGGACUUGGAAGAACCAGGCCUUUGAUUGUUGUGGGAGGCAUUGGAUGGAGAGAGAGCUUUUGGAUUAAUUUUUUCCCUGGGUUUGGAGAAAGAUGGGGAUUUAUAAAUAUGGAUGUGAAAGGAAAGAAAAGAGGUGGAGGGCAAAUAAGAGAAGGGAGAGCCAUAUUCGAUAUCGAUGAUAUGAAAAUCGGGGGCUAUGGAGGAGAUGGAACCGGAGGAGGUAAUGCGGAGACAAUCUGGCGUGGUUAUGGUUUAACCGGAGGACAUUACGAAAUCGACCCCCAAACCUCUAAGAGAACAUGGAAAGGACCGCAUGGGGAAUGGCUUGCUUUACGCGAAGCAGAAAGCGCUGGCUCUGGUUCAAGUAUCAUCGAAGAUGUGCAGGCUGCGCUUGGCUAUCCGAGUACUUUUGGAGAACACUGCGAAGGAAGGGUUUGGUGGGUUUGGAUUCCUUCUUCUGCAGGUGGAAGUGUUUCCGAUCUGGGAAUCGGCAGAUUGGCGGGAAGUGGAAUUGAUAGUUUACAGGGAAAAAGUUUAACCGAACUCCCUUGGUCCCAACGAUUUCAUAAUACCGACAAAGAAGGAAUCAACAACUUCGAGUUAUUUGAUCCCGACGUAAUGACCUCGAUCAAGGCGUUAUUUAUCGGUGUUCUGGGGUUUUGGCUCAUAGUAUUUUGUACAUGGGGUAUGAGGAGAAUGAAGAAACGAGUUAAGGGGGAGGGCAAGAGUAGACCUGGGAUGGAUAAGGAGAAGGAGAUGAAAAUUAUGGAUGGUCAACCCCCGGCUCGAACUCCUUGUCGAUUCGAUUCAAAUGAUUGGCAUUCUAGCCGUGUGCAAACACGAUCAGAUUUCAUCGAAUUAGUAUGUGAUCUUGGUCACCUGAAGAUCGUAUGCGCACGCACCAUCAGAAAUCGCGUGAUAAGGAGUCUUGAGGAGCCAGAAAGCUUCUAG